UAGAAAUGGUAAAAAAGUAUUUUGUAGCCUAAAAAUAUCGUAAAUAGUACAAAUUAAAAUAAUCACAAAUAUUAUUAUUAUUAGUUUUAAUAUUUAUAAAUAAUUAGUAUUUAUAUUGAAUACUUUAUCAAUGGAAUUAAGAUUUAAAAUGUCUCACAAUGUUGAUAAAUAUUGUAUUAAGGAACUUGACAAUCUUAAGAAAUUAAUAAUAUUGGAUCUGUGAAGAUGAAAAGUACAAUGGAUGUCAUGGCUACCAGCAACAAGACUAUGGUAAUGGAUGAUAAUAUUAUUAUUAAUUCAGUGUUAAAAGACGAGCCUAGUGGUGAUAAAUUUGCUCCAGUUUACCUAGAAGAUAUUUGUGCAGGAACUUUAGAAAAAGUUUUUCUACCAAUUGAUACACACGAAGUGGAUUUUGCUGAUGAAAUGGUGAAGCUUGGUUUAGAAAAUCAGAGUAAUCAAAAUUGGGUAUAUCAAAUAGCUGGUUCAAAUUCUUUACCUGAUCGAUUAAAUGCAACCAGACCUAAUUUUAUUCAAAUUGAAGAUAGAAGUAAUCUCGAGUUAGGUGAAAACUCAUUAAUACAUGAAGAAAAGUUGAAACAUUAUGAAGAUAAAGAUAAAAUAUCGGAAAUAAAAGAUGAAACUACAAAUUUCAAGACAAAUUCUAUUUCAGUAUCUUCAGUAAACCUUGAAAAUGUGUUAAAAAAUUCAGAAUACACGAACAUAACUUCACCGAAGUUCUACAAAAUUCAAUGUUCAAUUUGCAAGAAAUGGUUUCUUAAUAAUGAUUCUAUGAUCGCUCAUAUUCGUUCACAUUACAUAAAUCUUUCAACACAAGAAACUUUUCAAUGCCAAAUAUGUCAGCAAUCAUUUUUAGAGGAAUCUAAUCUUCAUGUCCACAUGUUAACUCACUUAAAUACAAAUCCAUCAAAUCUACAUCAUGAGUCUACUCAAAAUCACCUAACAUCCAAGUGGGACCAAAAGUCCAAUGAUUCAUCUGAUUUUCAAAAAGAUAAAUCAGUUGAAGAAAUAAACAUUGAACCACCGAAAGCUGCUGUUGAAACAAAAUUACUAACAUGUAAUGUUUGUUCGAUGAAUUUCUAUAAUAAAUCUAGUUUAAAUCUUCAUAUGGCAACAACACACACUACUCCAAAGUCUUUUAAGUGUAGCCUAUGUCAACGGUAUUUUCCUCAAAAGACUGCUUUAAAUAAUCACAUGCUUGCCCAUAGUGGAGAAAAGCCUCAUGCUUGUAGUAUUUGUGAAAAAACAUAUAAAAGAAAAUCAGAAUUAGCAAGACAUAUGAUGGUACAUACUGGAGAACGUCCUUAUGAGUGCAAAGAGUGCCUAAUGACAUUUAGAGAAAAGGCCAAGUUGAAUUCCCACAUGCUGGUUCAUACUGGGGAAAAGCCUCAUGAGUGUCAUAUUUGUCAUAAAGCUUGUGCUAGGAAAUCAGACCUUACCAGUCAUAUGUUAUCACACACUGGUGGACAAUAUGACUGUAAAAUAUGUAAUAAAAUAUUUACAAGAAAAUCUGAUUUAAAUAGACAUACGUUGAUCCACACUGGUGAAAAACCUUUUGCUUGUGAAUUUUGUGAAAUGGCUUUUAGAGAGAAAACCCGUUUAAAUUCACAUAUGGUAGUACAUACAGGUGAUAAAAAGCACACUUGUCACAUUUGUAGUAAGAGUUUUAAAGAAAAAUCAAGUUUGAAAAAGCAUAUGUUGGUCCACGCUGGAGAUAGACCUCAUGAGUGUUACAUUUGUCAUAAAGCUUUUAUACAAAAAACAACUUUGAGUUCUCAUAUGCUGAUUCACACAGGUGAAAGACCAUACGAGUGUGGAUACUGUCCAAAAACAUUUAGAGAAAAAAUGGCAUUAAAAAAACAUUGGUUAAUUCAUGUUAAUGAAAAAGAUUCUGAUAAUUCUGUUAAUUUUAAGAAAUUUAAUAGUAAAUUAACGAUGCUUCCUAAUACCACAAUCAAUCAUUCUUCCUCGUAACGAUUGUUUUAAUUUAGAUAUAUUCAAGUUUAUGGAUCAAGCUUUAUUUGACGUUUAUAAUUGUUCUUAAACCCUCAAUGAUAAACUAUGUGGUUUAGUGAAUUUAUUAGCAAAUUAUUCGAAUGAUUCUUUAUUUUAUUAAUACUUUGAUGAUUAUUUAAAAAUGCUACGAUUAAAAGUUUCAUACCAAGUUGAUAGUAAUUAAAUAAUUCUGACAUUAAAAAAAAGUACAAAGACAGUAUCCAUGAUAAGAUAAUUAUAUUUUGAUCAAUACAAGUGAUUUUUUUUUGUUUCACAUCAAAGUGAUUUAAUAAUAUAUUCAGCUA